CGUAGCAUCAUCCUGCAGAAAGAGGCUAAAAGGAUCUCGGGCAGUGACGCCCUCUCCCACCCUUACCUGGACGAAGGGCGUCUCCGUUAUCACACCUGUAUGUGUCAGUGCUGCUACUCGGUUCCCAGCGGCCGAGUUUACACCCGAGACUUCGAGCCAGUUGCCGAGCGUCCGUUCAGCCACAGCUACGAGAACAGUCUGCUGUCGGUGUGGCAGGGAAAAGAGUUGAUCCAUCGCUUCAUCACGGAGCACCAGCAGGGAAAACGAGUGCCGCUGUGCAUCAACCCUCAGAGUGCUGCCUUCAAGACCUUCAUCAGGUCGACCGCGUGGCACUCGUCUAAAGUGUCCAGGAAGGAGGAGAGAUGAACGUCUUCGCCCCGACAGCAGCUCAAUAACGGGAUUUUAAUCGUCCGCGGCAUCAGAAAAUACCGAAGAGUUUGGGUCUUCUUUUUUCUUGUUUUCGUGAAAAAUAUCCCCCCCCACCUCCACCCCCCCAUGAAAAUAACGAAAACUACGGCUUUCCUCGACCCAAACCACCCCCCCUGAUGCUCGAGGCGUUUUUUCGGUGCUGAUUUACAAAAACAAACAAAAAAAAAAAACAACGAAAAAAAUUGCUGCUGAAGUGCUUGAGGAGGAAACGACUGAACUCGACUGGAUUCUGUUUGUAGAGACUUUAAUGAUUAAUGAUGGUUUUAACUGUUUGGUAGAAUUAGUUGGUUUUUGAAGUCAUUCCAGCCCUGUGCAAUACGGUUUAGUUUGACACUCAGCAGGACGUCAUCGCCGCCAAAACCACCACCAUGUUAACGCCAAACGCCGCCAAGGUUUCCUCCCUUUUUCUUCUUUUUUUUUUUUUUUUUUUUACGUUUGAACGCAUCACUCACUGUGUUUUUAGUCGCUCGGUGCAGCGACUUUAAUGCAAUUUAGCAGAUGUAGCAGGUUUUCCAGGAGUUUCUGCGUGUACAGUUUGUUUUUCUUCAUUAACAUGUUCAACGAAUUAAUCAGGAAUUCAUCCCCACAAACGUUUCUACAGUCAGUGUUUUAGAAAACGUGUUUCUGCUCUUAGAAAGAUGCCAAAACUGCAGAUAUUUGGCAGCUUCUUCUUCUUUCCUUUGGUCUCGCCUCAGAAGUGUUUUUUAUUUUCCUGCUCGACUUUCUGAGAGAAAACCAGGAAGCAGCGACGACGGCGAUGAUGGGUUUUUUUUUUUGUUUUUUUUUUCCUUGUUGUUUUUAUCUCUUAAUUUAUUGUGUGUUUGUUGAAGAGCGAGUGUCUCCACCUUUUGUGUCUCUUUUACCUCAAACCCCCGAAGAAGAAGAAGAAACAGAAACUGGAGGACGCCGGGGUGGGAAAUGUGCAUAUCUACGAACUGAAACGUCUCGACUUUAACAUCAUUCCUCCAGAUUCCUCGUGUUACCUCGUGUUCGCUCCUCUGCUCUGAAUCAUCAAGAGAAGAAGAAGGAUGAAAUGCUGCUGUUGUUUUUUUUUUUUCUUUUUUCUUUUUCUUUUUAACUCCUGUUCAGUUUCAGGCUCAGGACUGUGUGAAGCCACAUGAGGACGCUCCAGUGUUGGAUUAUCAGGAUCCAUUUGGAAAAAGAAAACAAGAGUUUUUACAGAAGCUGCUUUUCCAACAAAUGUUACAGGAACCUAAAAUUUUACCGAAAGCUACCAGAACUUAAAGCUGCGUUUUCCACUGCAGGAAACAGAGUCGACAUUAAGUUGAGCUGAGGGAGUUAUAGAAACUUUUUUAUACGCAAAAAGUCCUGCUCAGAGGGUCACAACAUUUCAACAAGUCUGUUUGGUUCGUAGAAUUAACAUUUUUUAAUCUGCUGCUGCUCCUGGAGGUUUAAAUAACAAAUACCCAACGUUCAGGUGUUAACAUGCACGUUUAGAACGCUAAAAACGUCAUGAAGGAAAUGCUGAGACUGAAAGGAAAAUGUAAGAUCAUUGGAAACCUCAACAUUUUAGGAAGAAAGACGACUAAAAUUACAAUAAAAUUAACUGUUUUGUUUUUUUAAAGCGAGGAAUGGCCUCCACGUUUUCUGAAAAUUUCCAUCUACCAGGUUGCCAAAGCUAUGAGGGAGAUUCACAGCAAAAUAAACCAAAACCAACAACUUGAAUCUGCUCCAUGUUUUCUGUUGUUGCAGAGUCUUUGUUGUUGUACAUCAGCAGGUUAUUGUAAAGUCACAAGAAUCUGCUUAAAUUUUGCGCUUUUUUUUUUUUUUUGUUAGACUAUUGGUGGAAACUAAUGUCAACCAACAGUCCAAAGGAACCUUUUAGUUCUUGCAAACAUGUUUCUGGGACUAAAAGUUCCAGGUUUGUUGGGUUAAAAAGUCCAUUAACGUUCCAAAAGACUAAAGGUUUCUUCAGUUCCUGUGAAGUCGACAAAUUUUGUCUUAAAAAACCACGACGUCCUCUCAGCUUUCAGGUGUCUGUAUAGAUUCCUGCUGGAUGUUUUCUUCCACACAAAUGGUUAAAAAGUUGUCCGUCUAUUAGAGAAGCGUUCGUUGUGUUGAAGCACAACAAACAAAAUUGAAGCGAACUCGUUUCCAGAGCUGUGAAACUGAUCAGUAACUUAAUUUGGCUAUCCAGCCGUCUGCGCUGUCGAUCGAUCAUUUUCAAAAUAUCUGCAGCUGAUUAACUCCCUCAAACACUGAACACUUUAGGAACUGAAAUAUUGUUCGUCAACACAACCUGAUGCAGCGAGUUCCCAUCAAGUUUUCUGAUCCUGCAGUGGAAACACACAAACUGUGAGAUUUCUGUCCUGUGAAUUCAGUUUUCAGUGACCAAACUGGUGGUUUUUACAUGUUUAGCUCCACAGAUUAAGAAUCCUUAACGUUGUUUUUGUUACUGAUAAAUAUCUCCAUCGUCUGGUGAACAAAUACUGACCAGAACCCACAGUGAUGUUUGUUUAAUUAGCCCAAAAACCAAAUUAUGUAUCAGCUCCAAAAUGCACUGAACACAUUUAUCAAAAAGUCCACUCAUCAGCUGUAAAGUCUGCUGGAGGCGACCAAAACUGAGAUAAAAUCACGUUUAAUUCACAAACGUU